CGCAUAGCCGGGUCAAUCAUGUUUAGAACCUCUACGAACCACCACCGACCAUGGCGAACAACAAUGAGCAGUCGCCGGAACGGGAGGACAAGCGGCCUGGCUGCUGCAUAUCACACUUAUUUCACUACGCGGCAUUAAAAUCACCGGAUAAAGUCGCCGUCAUACAUGCUUCCGGUGGCGCGAAGUUAAUGUCCCAGCAGCCUCGCAACAAUUACGCCGGUGACGGGCAAACAUCACCGUCUGUUACAAUAAACGAGUCAAUUGAGUCGCAAACAACCCUGCCUGAAUCGUCGUCCUCCCCGCAGCCUCCAGUAUACGAAGGCGACAAGUGCUUCACGUACUCUGAUAUUCACCGUGCAGUCGAUGUUCUUAGUAGUCGGCUGAGGCGCAUUCUUGAUGGUGCUGAUGAUCCUCAUCUCACCAGACUUCCUCAAUCAGAGAUUUCAAGUUCUACUGGACAGCGUAUUAAUUUUUUGGAGACCAAGUAUAUUCCAAGGAGAAUAGCAAUAUACAUGGAACCCUCUGUGGAGUACAUUGUUGGUGUGCUCUCUGUCCUAAGGUGUGGAGAGGCAUUCAUGCCACUUGAUCCAUCUUGGCCCAAAGAAAGGAUUCUGUCCGUUGUUUCUUCUUCUAGAGCCGAUCAUAUUAUAGGGUGUAAAAUCUCGGGUGAUGAUAAGUAUUUCCACCAGCUUGACAAGUUAAAUUGGCUACUCUCCAGCGGUCAUUGUCCUGUUCUUUGUAUUUCUAUGAUAGACUUUGCCAUACAACAUGAUGAGUUUUGUGAUCUCCCAUGGCCUUGUCAACCUGAAGUCUCAAGACUUUUUAGUUACUUGAUGCACACUUCAGGAUCCACAGGAAAGCCAAAAGGCAUUUGUGGCACUGAAGCAGAUGUAUGCUGUGAAUUGGCUUGUGGCUGUUCCAUCACUAAUGAGAACGGUUCUUCUUCCAUUGCAAAGUCCAAAUUAUACAAGACUUUGAACGUUCCGAUUGGGUUACCCCUCUAUAACUGUGAUGUUGUGCUUGUUCGAGAAGAUGCACCCGGAUAUGGGGAAAUAUGUGUUCAAGGACUGUGCAAUGCUGCUGGAUAUUAUGAUCAUCCUUCCGUUACACCACUUUCUUAUGUUGAAAUGCCUGACGAAAGCCGUACAUAUAGCAACUUUAAACAUCAGUAUUACUUCAAAACCGGUGAUUUUGCUAGACAACUUGAUAGUGGUGUGCUCAUUUUUGUCGGAAGGGAGGACCGCACCAUUAAGUUCAAUGGCCAACGAAUUGCUUUAGAAGAGAUAGAGAGCACAUUGAUUGAGCAUCCAAAUAUAGUUAAUGCAGCAGUGGUUUGCCAGAAGAAUCAUGAAGAAGUUAUGUAUAUUGAAGCACAUGUAGUGAGAAAGCCAAAGGAAGACUCCAAUGAACAUUUCAAAUCUUUGAUCCGGAGUUGGAUGUACAACAAAGUCCCACAGGCAGUAGUUCCAAGCCGUGUUAUUUGUGCAAAAUCCUUACCUAUUUCUUCUGGGAAAGUGGAUUACAAUAGGCUGCUUCGGUCCUCAUUUUCAAGGGAACGGUCGGGGCAUACAACUGACGAAAUUCAGGAUCAUGAUCUAUUGGAAGCCAUUACUAAGGUCGUAGGUCUAACUAUAAUUAAGAUUUUUCUUCAUGUAUUGUUCUUACUUUCUGGUUUUUCUUUCCACGUCAUUUAUAUGCUAAAUUUUGUACAAACCAAAACUUCUGGUUAUGAGGAUCUGAAGGGGAAUAUAGGAGUUUAGAUACUUGUUUUUUCCUAUGGCUCCUAUAUGCUAAUUGCAGGGCAAUUGGUGAGGGUGGCACAAUGAACUUUGAAAUCAUAUAUACUGAUUACUUUUAGAUUCUAUGAACACAAUUUUAUUGGGGUAGAGUUGUAAGAACAUCUCUUAUAUGUCA